AUGGUAAUACCAAUCAGAUUCCCGCCAAUACCCCAUUUUUAUCAUCAAUGCCACUGCACACUAACAGAUUUUGUGUUGAGGUCCUUUUAUUUUUGUCAAUUCCGUUUCAAAAUAUAUGAUAAAUGUAUUCUACCCCCAGGUCGUAUACUGUACGACGUGCCGUGCGCGGUGUGUCGCGACCACUCUUCGGGCAAGCACUACGGCGUGUUCGCGUGCGACGGCUGCGCGGGCUUCUUCAAGAGGUCCGUGCGACGCGACCGACAGUACGCGUGCAAGGCGCGCCUGCCCGGCGGCUGCCUCGUCGACAAGGCGCACCGGAACCAGUGCCGCUCCUGCCGGCUCGAGAAAUGUUUAGCAGCUGGCAUGAAUAAAGAAGCUGUUCAACACGAAAGAGGACCUCGAAACUCCACAAUUCGCCGCCAAAUGGCAUUGUUACUCAAAGAUCCACCGUCAGACAUGAGGCCGCCAGCACCACCUAUAGACCUAGUCUUACCAAAGCACAGCCUGCUCCCGCAACCAAUUCCCCUUUACAACCCGUACACGUUUCCGUCUCUAAGUCUGAUCAAUCCUCCAGUACUUUCAAUACCUCCGCCGCCUCCCCCACUCAUGGUGAACCCCAUCCUGUACGGAGCCAACAGUCCCGCCGCCAUUUGUGAGGUUGCUGCUCAAUUGCUGUUCAUGAACAUUCGUUGGGCAAAAAGCAUUCCCGGCUUCACGAACCUCAGCCUCCAGGACGCGCAUCUUCUCUUGGAACGCUCCUGGAAAGAUGUGUUCGUCCUCGCCGUUGCCCAGUUCCUCUUCCCUCAGGACUUUAAAAUCUUGUUGGAUAGGCAUACUCCAACAGUCACUGAAAAGGACAUCGACCUUUUUGAAGCAGUUCUUCGGGAAGUGACGAAGCUUCGUGUCGAUACUAAUGAAUAUGCUUGUCUCCGAGCCCUGCUACUGUUCAGCUACGGAUUAGAUGACCAAAAUCUGGGUUUAAAAAGAACUGAUUCUCGGAAAUUGCAAGAGACCGCCAGAAUUGCAAUGAUAUAUGAUCAGACAGCUUGUAUGCUGAGCGAUGUAAGUCUGAAAUACUUUUUUAAAUAUUUCUUGUGUAGGUAUUCACAGCGAUCGUACCCGCUGCAGGCGACGCGGCCUACCGCGCUGCAGAACCUUCUAACACUGAUCAGGAGCGUGCCUCGAUUCGUGAUUGUGGAGCUUUUCUUCCGCGCGACGAUCGGUGAGAUCCCCAUCGAGCGCAUCAUUGCCGACAUGCACGCCAACAACAGAGGGUUCGACUGACUGGGGGACCCGUACAUCACGCUGUGGCUGCUGCUACACAUGCACCCAUACUACGUGUACCCAAUACUAGGAAUCUACCGGAACGAGGACGUUAUGUGGUGCUUAACAGAGAUCCGACGACGCAGUUACUGAAA